AUGUCUGACGACGUGAUUUGGCAAGUCAUUAAUCAACAGUUUUGCUCGUAUAAGGUUAAAACCGAGACACAAAAUUUCUGUCGAAACGAGUAUAAUGUCACAGGCUUUUGUAGUAGACAAUCUUGCCCUUUGGCGAAUAGCAAAUAUGCAACGGUUCGCGAGUUGGAAGAGAGAGCUCACACUCCAUCACGUAUGUGGCAACGAGUGAAAUUAUCAAAAAAUUAUGCCAAGGCAUUAGAACAAAUAGAUAAAGAAUUAAUGUAUUGGCCAAACUUCAUGAUUCACAAAUGUAAACAACGAGUAACAAAAAUCACGCAAUAUUUGAUUCGAAUGAGAAAAUUAAAAAUGAAAGACGGACCGAAACUUGUUGGAAUUAAAAAGAAGAUAGAAAGACGAGAAGCUAAUCGAGAAAGGAAAGCCGAAGAAGCAGCACGGUUAGAUAAAGUGAUUGAAAAAGAAUUAAUUAGUCGAUUGAAAAGUAAAGCAUAUGGUGAUACGCCAUUGAAUGUUAAUGAAGAAGUUUGGAGAACUAUUUUGGAAGGUGAUAAGAUUGUAGCUGAAGAUGAUAUGACAGAAGAAAGUGACGUAGAAGAUUUAGAAGAUUUAGAGGCAAAAGAAUUUAUUGAAGAUGAUAGUGAAGUUGAAGAUUUGGAAGAUAUCAUUGAGGAAGAAGAACAAAUGCUUAAUGAAGAGAAAACAAGCGAAUAUGAAGAUCUUCUUAGUGAUAUGGAAGAAGUAAAGAAAGAAAUCAAUAUUCAAAGAAUCACAAUCGAACAAGAAAAAACGUAA